GAGAGCCGAGCAAAAGCGCCGAGCAGAGGGCGCGGCGGAAGACUCCGCUGGCGCUGCCCCCCCGCCGCGCCGAGUCCCGGAGCGCCGGGGCGCGUGAAGCAGGGACAGGUCGGCGAUGGCGUCCAUGGCGGCGGCGAUCGCUGCCUCUCGCACGGCGGUCCUGAAUGGGAACCGGCCGCUGGACGAGCGGGAGCGCAAGCGCUUCAGCUACUUCUCGUCGCUGAGCCCCAUGGCUCGCAAAAUCAUGGCGGAGAAAGAGCGCAUCCGCGAGCGCUACGGGCCGGACUGGGAGCAGCUGCCGCCCCGCCAGCAAGACGAGAUUAUUGACAAAAGCCUGGUGCAGCCCCACAUCCAGGCCCGGUACGCGGCUCACCGAGGGGCCGCCCGGGCCAGCCCGCCCCCGGUCUGCUACCCGAAUCUGCGCCUCAAUACCGGCCAGAAGGUCGUGCGCUUCGGGGACGAGGAUAUCACCUGGCAAGAUGAACACUCUGCUCCUUUUUCUUGGGAAACUAAGAGUCAAAUGGAAUUCAGUAUUGCUUCUCUGUUGAUCCAAGAACCAGGGAAUGCAGUGCCUCAGCACGAACAGAAACAGCCCAGCAAAACCGCACCUGGGCCCCCAGCCCCCAAACCUUCCCAGGGGGGUAAACCACAAAACUCAGAUGGGCUUAUACCAGCCAAAAAAGAGGAGGAGUCCUCAUUUUGGAAGAUCAAUGCUGAGCGCUCCAAGCAUGAAGGGGAACAGUCUGAAUUUUAUUCACUAACCCCAAGCCAAAUCAAAUCCAUGGAAAAAGGAGAUAAAACCCUCCAGCCUUGUUAUAGGCAAGAAUCUGGUCCAAAAGAGGCGACUAAAGCAGAGAAGCCUAAUGCUCCUAAGCCCGAAAAAGUGAUCACCCCAGUUCUUCCCACCACAUCUCUAGAAUGGGAAAAGCCUCAGUCCAGUCAACCUGCAGUUAGUGCCUUUGAUGCUCACUCUGAACCUGCAGAGAAAUUGUCAUCUGCUGCAACCCAAAAUGAAGGUGCCCAAAGCAGUUUUGUUCCAGAUUUACAAGGAUUUGGCCAGAGUAAUGCAAGUAAUGUUAUCUUGAAGACGGGAUUUGAUUUUCUGGACAACUGGUAGACCAAGCAACACUGUUGGGUUUUGGAGAAAGAAAAGGAGCAUCUCUCUCCGUUUUGUGUUUGGUUUCUGUUACUGGUUUCUCUGUGUCCUUUUAACUUUUUUCCCAGUUCUUUUUUAAUGUUGCCCUUUGUACUAAUACUUUUUGUAGAAACCUGAUGGAUAUUUGUAUUUUGAAAUGGUCCGGUGUUAGAAGGGUCAUUUUUUGUUUUUUUUAUUUUGGUCUUUUACUAAUUACUGUUCUGCAGGGUGAAUAGUCAUGUUUGGUGAUGAACAGGAUACAUUGUCUAAUAUUUGUAUGUAUGCUAAGGACAAGGUGUGCAAUCUAAUUAAGAGAGAAAAUGAAGCCCUCUGACAGAAUACCCAUAUUUAUUUUACACAUUAAUGCUAAUGAGCUCCCAUCUGUAUUGCAAGAAGACAGCCAUUUAUGCCAAGCAGGGAUAGGCAACUUGUUGUCAUCCAGAUGUUUUUAAUAACUGUCAGAACCUUAGCCAGUGGGGCCAGUGGUUGGAGAUUCUGGAAUUAGUCGUCCAAAACAUUUUGUGAGCAUCAUAUGGUCUUUUCCUAAUAGAGGGAAGAUGGAAGCACAGAGUUCAAAUACCAAAAUCCAGCACAUCUCUUUCAAAUAUAUCACACAGGAUAUAAAUCUGCAGACGUUUUACGUGUUUAUUUUUACACUGGCCUAUGUCACUUGACCUGGUUGCAAGAAAAGAAAAAUUGAGCAGCAUUAGCUAAUAAUGAGGUGUGUGCUGGGAGGGGGUGUGUGCUUGCUUUUGUUUUCUUUUGAGACCUAACGAGUACACAAAAUAAUCAAGAUCGUUCGUUAAAAUAAGACAUAUUUAAUAAAAUGUAUUUAAUAAUAUGUUUUAUUAUAACAAAACAUAAAAGGAAAAGAAAGGAGAGAACAGCUUGGAGAAAUAUCAAAUAUGUGGAUGGAGCUGCUUUUUACUGAUUAAAAACUAUCUGAUAAAGGGAUCUUCAGAAGAAAUAUAACAUGAAAAAUAACUGAUUUAUUUGAUCCCUUUUGGCAUAACAGCAAUGAAUUUUGAAAUGUAGCCCUUUGUUCUCCACCCCCCUGCCCCCAGUGUUACAUUACUCCAACAUGUUGAUUGCAAGGCAUUGUAACAAUGCUUUCUUUAAAAACAAAGCACUGUAUUUUUUAAAAAACGUUUCAUGAUAUGACUGAUUUCUGGUGCUACUUCCCAUAGUGGGAAUAGAACUUGAGUGUAUCACAUAUGUCCUGAUGUAUUAGAUUUUCUGUUGUAUUAAUAUUACACAGAAAGUCUUUUAUAUGGAGGAACACUUUAAAGAUGACAUCCUUCACCUGCACCUUGAAAUGCUCCAGGGUACCAUCUUUGGCUGCACACACCUAGACCAGCCUUGUCCAGCAUCUACAAUAUCCAGAAAUAGCUAUGCAACUGACAUCGCAUUUCUGUAACUUUAAAAGGUAGUGUGGAUUUCUCUCCCCAUCACCUUCAAGCCUUAAUUCCCCUUUCUGCACAAAUUGUGACUUUUCCAACCAAAUACCAAAGGUUAUUUCUGCUUUUGACCUUGAGAACUGGAUUUCCUGAGAGAUGACCCAAUAACAGAGACACACUGUACAUAUAUACCUCUGAUGCCAUGUGGAAUUCUCACAAAGACUAUUUGGGGCUCUGUGUCUGAUGUCAGGCGAGCCACUUGUAGCCUUCUUCCAUACUAACCACAGAUAAGCGGUUCCACCCUCAGAGUUGACCAUUGUCCACACCUGGAAGUGGUGUGAACUCAAAAGUCCCAUCUCUACAAAUCAUGUUUUACUUCAGACUACUUCCUGUUCCCUCUGCUGCUGUCUUUAUAUACUCCAUUGACAAUAUCUGUGACUAAAGUUAAGAGGCUAGUUCUGAGUUUUGUCCUGAAAGAUAUAAUGGAAAAUAAGACUGGGUAGUACUUUGAAUUCCAUUCUAAAAUUCAUGCUUUGCAGUGUGUGGAGGCAGGAAUAUACAGCACUGAUAUGCAGCUCUCCCUCAGUCUGGAUCACCAUUUUGGAAUCUGAUCCAAAGCAUUGCACAGCCCUAGAAAAUAAUAACACGGAAUUAAUUGUAAAGAACUAAGGAAAAUGCCCUUUUUGAGGGGUGUUUUAGAUGCCAUCAUACACACUUGGAUAUUUGUGCUGAAGAUGGAAGAUGAAACAGCAGCAGGCUGAACAAUCUUCAAAUGCUUGGCUUUGUUUUAAGACAUUCUGAUUAAUUGGUUGUUCCUAGUAACUAACACCAUACUUUAUAUUGUGGGGAUGUUGCACUAGGUUUCCUGGUGCACACCUGCAUGGCAGCACAACUAUUUGUGUCAUAUCAAUGUGCAUUGAGUUGGAUUAGCAAAUUCAGAUAAAUGGCAUUUCUGGAAUUGCUUAACUUUUGCUGUUGAAAGAGAGGGAGGAUUUGCACGAAUGCAAAGAAGCACCUGAAGUUUGGUGGGCCACAUGGUUAUUUGCCCUGUUUUCAGUGUUUUUAAAGACACUAUAUUUCUAAAAGUAUUUAUAAAAGACUUUCAGAUAGUUUUUAUUUAAAGAAAAGAGAGCCUGUUUGAUACUUUAAAAAGAAACAAGCUUUUAAAAAGGAAUCAGCAUAAAGUUCUUCAAGCCGAAGAUGUUUCUGAGGUAUAUCUCUGGAUUGUAAAAGGGAGUCUUUUCCAAUCUUGUCGGAGCUGAAAGGUGUAAAGUGCUUUUUCAGUUCAGGGUCUCUUGUUCAGGUUGACCAAUUAAGGAGUUUAAAAAGUGCAGUUUGGAUCGACUAGAGCUUUCUGUUAUUUGGCAGCUGAUGGGGGAUAAUGUCCUGAGGUCACUGAAGCAUCUUUUUUAGAUUGCUGCUCUUAAGCACUGAAAUUGGGUAAACUGGGCCUAAUCCUCCUACUAAUGUGUUUAUAUCCAGUCCUGUUUAUCAUAAUGAAGUUUUUGCAAAGGAACCUCUUGAUGGAUUUUACUCAUUGGAACACGCUAACAAUGUAUAUCGCCUUUCUCUUUAAUAUAGUUUCAUGGAUAAACCUGAUGCUUCUCCCUUUCUUAGAUGUUUUUAUUGAGGUUUUAUUCACAAUUGUAUUUGGCUACAGUUCAUACCUGAUUCUUAAUUAAAAGCACCUGACAUGAA